GAUACGCCUUCUUGGCUCCUCUUUGGCAGGUGAAGACAAGCGAGUGAGCUAUGGCAGCCGCAGCUGCAACCUCGGCUCGGGCCGAGGUGCUGGCCGCCAGCCGCACUAGAGCCGGCAGCUGGAGAGAAACGAGUGGGAGCCCGAGGCCCAGCUACAUCUUGCCGAGGCCCGGCUACGUCUCCCCGCUGUGCUCCGACUACCCGCUGAGAUCCUCCUCCUUCUCCCAGGUGACGAAGAAGCGCUCCCUCCCCGUCGCCGUCCUCAAGUCCAGUUUCGAGAGGCAGGGCUCUCUCCACGCCGACUCUGACGGGAAGAUGAGUGUGGAUGGGGAACUGGAAAGACGCCCGUUGAAGCUAGCAGGUGGGAAAGUGAGCCAAAUGGCCCACUUAUUUCAGAGCAUCCAGAGGGAGACGGAAAAUGUGAACCCUGGAAUUCUGCAUCCACCGAAGGCCCCAGCAUCGACUCCAGUCCCAGCAAAGAAGGAAGCAAAGUGGAACAGUGAAGACAACCUGCAUUCGCCUGUCCCUCAGGUGACUGUAGUGAGGACAGAGAGUCACCUGGCCAGGUUCAACAAUGCCCGGGCCAUGUUUGAGCGAAUGGGUGAGGACAAGCAGAAGGAUGAGGUUCUGCCUGCCACUCCACAUCCUGCUGUUGCUCCAAAACCUCUGCGGGAGGCCAAGAAACCCCCUCAGCAUUCCAAGUCUGACCCAUUCCCUCCUCCAGCUGUUAGACCCCCCGUGAUUCAUGAAACUCCUGUGGCCAAGACGAAGAGAUCUGCCUCUGACGUGCAGCAGCCACAGGUACCCGUGGAAAUGAUGAAUGGACGCCAGGAACCGGCAGCCCCAAAACCCACAGUUCUGAAUAAUAGCACCCCAGCUGUUCGGCAUCCUUCUGGUGACAAGGAUCAUGAACUGCGGCGAAAAGAAGAACUGGUGAGGAAGUUUUGGGGUAGUCAGGACUCGCAAGAUCGACCAGAAGUUGAUCCUGGGAAACCUGUAUGUGCGAAGAAGCCACCGAUGUUGACUGGUGUUUCUGUGCCUGUGCGUAAGACCUUGGAUUCCUCAGAUGGUAUCGGUGACACAGAACAGCAUUCCAAGACGACCCCUGGGUCAUCGCCAUCGAAGCUCCCACAAAGCUAUGCCCGCAUCAGUCAGAAGACAUCUGAUUCUUCAGAUAAUACUGACAAGGACAAACUCGUCAUGUCCUCGUUGCUUCCUGGGGCUCUGGUCCGCCCACGCAAGACGUCCGAUUCGUCCGACACCAGGUCGGACACCAGUGCUGAUAUGGAUUGUCAAGCCAGGGUGGUUGUUGGAUCAUCUUCCCCAAAGUUCUCCCACAGUUAUGCCCGCGUUGGUCGCAAGGCAUCGGAAUCUUCAGACGCUUCUGAUAAGGACAAAACAUCCUCAUUCCCCCAGAAAGCAGAUUCUGAAGCCUAUUCUCCAAAACCUCAAUCACCAUUCAGUCCUCCUUCCUCCAUGACACCAUCAGAGUCCUCAGAGGACGAUAAAGAAAGGUCUGGCAGGAUGCGACCGAGCUGCACCCCGAGUGCAGAGGUGGUUCGCAAGCAGCAGACAACAAAUGGCAAUGUGUCGAGUGAGGACCUAAGUGGGGAUGAGGUCAUCAUUCCCAGGCAGAAGUCCCUGACAGAGAAGCCCAAGGUGAUGACCGAGAAGCCAAGCAUUACAAAACUGGAACGCCGUCCGCCAGUGAACAGCAAGGAGAUCAUUGCAAAGCAUCGCAACUGGAUGUCUCAUUUCUCGUCCGUGAAGAGGACUCCAAGCAAGGAGAAGUUGCCGGGUAUCGGCUCUCCUCAGACACCCUUUGAUUCUGUGGGGACCAAGACAAAUGGAGAAGAAGAGAACAGGCCCACCAGGCCUCCCGUGCCCGAGUCACCUCCGACACUUCCCCCCGCGAAAGCAGACCCGGAACACACACCUCAAACGAAUGCAGGGAUGCUGGUGGCAAAAAGGAAACUCCUUUUUAAUUCCCUUGGAUCUGCAGAGGAGCCACCAAAGGAUGAAGCCUCCUAUGAACGCCUCUCCAACAUGCACAGUGCCCCCCCUCCUCCUGAGAUAAACUCCUCAACUGAGAGUCUGGGACUCAGCAGUGCUGCUGGAAGUGAAACCAGCAGUGAGGGCAGUCCAAAGCCAAUCGUCAGCAAGGUGUCCAAGUUGGUGAGCUCCUUCAACACCGGCGAUUCCUUGCCCAUAUCGACGAAGCCGAGUCCUCUGCCGAAGAAGGCCGUGGAGACCCCGUCCUCGCCUCCGCCACCCCCUCUGCCCCCCCGUGACCGCACGGGGCUCUCUCCCGUCCUCACCCACUUUCCCGAAAGUGCCAAGUUCAACGUCACCCUCCCGGACGUGUGUGCCGAGGCCACGCCACACGGUGUGGCUUCCCAGAUCGAUCUCCUCAACAAAUCGAGCGUGUGUCAAGCUCAAAGUGCCGACAUGCACGUAGAAGUGACCAUUCGGGACCGGGAAGUGCUUCUGGUGGACGGUGCAGUGCAGUCCCGGACUCAGAGUGACGAUGGAUGGGAUUCAGACCUUCCACUUGGCUAUUCCACUGUGGGUGUUGAGGGCUAUGGCCUACCACCCCUCAUCUCUCCUACCAAAGAUGCCAUGCCAGCAACUGAGAUGAUUCCCCCUGAGAAGGAAGAUGAGAGUUCUGUGCACAGCUCCCUCCCUUCAACAGUGUCUGAGGAGAUCCAGUAUGACAAUACAGUGAAGAGUGCCAUGGAGGACAUCAAUGGUCGAGUUCAGGAAAUCUUUUUGAAGAGGGAUCUCAAACCAGAGGCUUUGAUUAACUCUGCCGAUGCUGAUCUCUUGAUGGAUUCGGGUCCCGAUUCCCUCCAUAAAAUGCUCAACAGCUCGGUGCUGCAACAUCUCAAAGGUUUGGAAAGUGAGCCAGCCAUUGAGGAAGCCCCUGACAUUUACCACCCCCACUGUCAUCGCAUGUUUUACCGAACAUCUGACUGCAUGUUAAUCAUAUCUGAAAUCUAUAGACUUGAGGAGCCAAUCGAAAUGGGGAGUCAAUGGGAAGGACCCGUGAAAGAAAAAGAAAAGAUGGAUGUGCAGAAUUCCUCAUUUGUAUCUGAGAGUGAAAAAGAACCUGAUUCCACCUUCAAUGACAACAUGAGAGAUGGAAUGUCAGAAGAGAUGCUGGAUGCAGAGGCCUUCUAUGAUGCCCUGACGACAUCAGCUCCUCUGUUUCGACUCGAGGAUGCAGUAGAGAUGGAUGGAGUGCACUAUUUCCCAGAUGGCCACUUCUGGGUUGAGAUUCCAGGUCUCUCGGAUUCAGAUCAAGAGGAGGAGGAGGAUGACGAUGAUGGGGGCUUCCUCUCGUCCCGCUUCCACCACCAUCCACUUUCCAAACCCCUCCCACCUCCACCUGCCCCUGCUCCUGUGCCCCCUCCGCCUUCCAAUCGGAAGUCCCCAAUACGAGUCUUCAGCACGUACUCCGUGUCCGAGUACGAUCGCAAGAACGAAGACAUAGAUCCUGUCGCUGCAUCUGCCGAAUACGAGCUUGAGAAGCGGGUGGAGAAGCUGGAAGUCUUUCCUGUUGAACUGGUGAAAGGUCCAGAGGGUUUGGGUUUGAGUAUCAUUGGAAUGGGUGUGGGAGCUGAUGCUGGUCUUGAGAAGCUGGGGAUCUUUGUGAAGACCCUCACUGAGGGUGGGGCUGCACAGAAGGAUAGCCGAAUUCAGGUGAAUGAUCAGAUCAUAGAGGUGGAUGGGAAGAGCCUGGUUGGGGUGACCCAGGCAUAUGCAGCCUCGGUCCUCCGAAACACAUCUGGUCCGGUGAGGUUCCUCAUUGGACGUGAAAGGGACUCUGAGAACAGUGAAGUGGCCCAGCUCAUUCGCCAGUCUCUUGAGGCUGAUCGCUUGAGGGAGGAGCAGAGGCGGAUGAAUGAUUCUUCAGCCCAUAACAGUGCACCAAGUUCUGUCACUCCAGAUGAUGUGAAUCAGUUAAGGGAGAAAUUGCUCGAGGUUGCAGCUGUCUGA